CGAACCGCAACAGGAAAAAGAAAGCGACGCGAACAGCUCGGCCCUCUUACAGCCACCCAUGCCCAAGGACGACGAGAAGGCGCCGCAGCCCGGGUGGAUGCACAAGCAAAAGAAGCCAAAGAAUAACAAGGAUCAGCAGCUGGAGCGCCCCCGUCGCCGCCGCCGUCGCAGGAACCGCUACACGGAUGACGAAGACGAUGACUACGAUAAUAAUGAAGGCUAUGAUCAGCAGUUUCCAUUGCGGCAGCGGCAGCAGCAGCAGCAGCAGCAGAUGCAGCAGCAGGGAGGUGACGGCGGUAAGAACCCGCUCAGGCUGCGGCUGGAUCUCAACUUGGAUGUUGAGAUAGAGCUCAAGGCACACAUCCAUGGUGACCUGACGCUGGCCUUGCUCAACUAGAGAGCUUCUUCUCCUCGGUAUGGCUGAGCUAACCACGGCAUUCACUUUACUCUUCUGCUGCCGUGCAGGGAUGGCAGGUAAUCAGUGCUUCCGCACUCUGACUCUACUUGCGAAACGGUACCAAUAUCGAGCGUUGGCGACGCCUGCGAGCGAUACCGAGUCCUUCUGUGUUUACAAUGAGCCGAAUGGGUUAUCAUAGCUUGGUACCUCCGUAGGCGGCAGAUCUUGGAUGGUUCGGUUCGUUUCCACAUCGCAACGAGUUACAAAAAAGGGUGGGCGGGGGG